AUGGUCUGGGGCAGUAUGUCAUCAAAAGGAGUAGGAAGACUUCAUUUUAUUGAUGGAAAUUUACUGUCUGUUUUCGGCAACGAAGCGCCACAUCAGCCGACAAUUUCCCGUUGGUAUGGAGAAUUCAAACUUGGACGGGAAAACUUCGAUGCUGUGCGCAAACUCAUCAUUGAAGAUAGACAUGUGACAUAUCGCGAGAUUGAGGCGCACUUGAAGAUCUCAAAGACCUCAAUUCAAAAAAAAUUACAUGAAGAAUUAGGAGUAAGAAAAUUAGUUUCUCGUAGGAUACCCCACCUGUUGACUGAAGAUCAGAAAGCAGCCACGUCGGCUGUUUGGGCGUUCCAAGGUGAAGAAAAGCCAACAAAGGUCAGCCGUUCUCGAAGUGUUUCGAAAAAGAUGGUCGCGACAUUAGUGUCAAAAGCGGCUCAUAUUGCAACAAUUCCUCUUAAUGAGCAAAUAAUUGUUACUGCGGAUUGGUAUAUCACCAUUUGUUCGCCAAAAGUCAUCACCGAGCUUCGAAAAAUCAACCCCAAGAGACGAAUCAUCCUCCACCAAGACAAUGCAAGCUCGCACUCAGCCCAAAAAACAAGGCUGUAUUUAACGGAAGAAAACGUGGAAUUAUUGGACCAUCCUCCAUAUAGUCCUGAUCUAAGUCCUAACGGUUUCUUUACUUUCCCGAAAAUUAAAAACAGACUGCACGAAGAAGCAGUUGACGCAUUCAAAAAUGCCGUUUUGGAUCUGCCAGCAAACGAGUGGAAUAAGUGCUUCGAAAAUGGGUUCGAGCGCAUUUAG